UAACUUUCAUGCUUACCUCUUUCUUACCUGAGCCAUGACAAAUUUAAGUAUUGGACUAUAACUAGGAAUAGCAAUAUUUGACCUAUCUAUUGUUCAUUUUCAAUAACUCUCCUGGUUACCUCUUUCUUAUCUGAGCCGUGAAGAAUUUAGCCAUUGGACUCUAACUAAGAAUAGCACUCUUUGAUCCACCAUUUAGAUUUGUCUACUAAAUGCCUAUCUCUUCUAAACAGUUGUUCAAGAUUUGCUACUUUUACUGUCCAAGAUCAACUGGACAUGGCUUGGGAAAAUAAAGUUGCUAGGAAAGAAAACAACAUUUGAACAGUUUCGCGUAGAUCUUUGUGACUUUUGAUGUUUCUAACAUUUUUCAGAGAAACACGCUUUGAAAAUUUAUAUGGUUAGUCAAAAAUCAAGCACUUCAAUCAACAUCUCAAUUCAAAAACUUCUGACGUUAUUUCCAGAGAUUUGUUUCAUUUUGGUUAGUGUGUACACAACUCCAGUAUUUCUGAUCUUUCAAGCUUUAAGAUUACAGAUUUUUCAUGGCCAGUGUGAAAGAAAGACUAAUCAAAGGGAUGACAACCUCAGAAACAAACUCCAAAGUUGACUUAGCGUUCCUUCUUAAGAUCUAGUGAUGCAAAAUCACCAUCAGACUUAAUGUUCUUGUUCAGAAGAAAAUUCCACUCGUUUCUGUUGAAAGUAGGUGUGAUGCUCCUGAAAAAACGAUUCCUAAGUUUCUUAUAAGUUAAUCCUAGAAAGCAUGAAUAUCCAAUGACUUCAAAAGACAUAUUUGUGAAGAGAGUCUUCCAAAGUGUAAUGGAGAAAGGUUGUAUUCAUCUUGCUGUUGUACUUUUGCUGCUUCAGCAAAUGAAUACUUGUUUGUCAAUUGUUAAUAUCACUACUGAUCAAACAGCACUUCUUACCUUGCGAUCUCAAUUUUCUUUAUACGAUUCUCACUACCUCUUAGCUCGAAACUGGUCCACUUUUACCCCUACUUGUAGUUGGAUAGGAGUUACUUGUGGCCCUCGCCACCAAAGAGUCACUACCUUAAAUCUUUCUAGUAUGAACCUUAAUGGAAUGGUUCCACCACAACUUGGAAAUCUCUCGUUUCUCAUUUCCCUCGAUAUCAGAAACAAUAGCUUCUAUGGGAGUUUGCCUGAGGAGUUAGCUCGUUUGAGGAGAUUGAAAAUGAUCAAUGUCAUGAAUAACAACUUUACUGGUUCAAUCCCAUCAUUUUUCGGCCUGUUACCAAACCUCCAUUCCUUGUACCUUUCGUUUAACCAAUUUUCGGGUAAUAUCCCUCCAUCCCUUUUUAAUAUAACAAAACUAAAGUAUUUAAGACUACGAGGGAAUUUUCUUGCUGGAGAAAUUCCUCAAGAAAUCACUAGACUUUGUUGCCUGAAUUCCAUAGACCUGCAAGAUAAUAAGCUUAUAGGAUCUAUACCACCAACUAUGUUUAACCAGUCAUCACUUAAACAGAUUGGUCUAACAAAUAACAAUCUUUAUGGGAAACUUCCUGGAAAUAUAUGCGACAAUCUUCCAAAUUUAGAGGUACUUGCACUUUCAAGCAAUCGGUUUGAUGGCUUGAUUCCUCCAAAUUUGCAGAACUGCUCAAAACUUCAAAUAUUAUCAUUGUCUCAAAAUGAUUUCACUGGAAGCAUACCAGCAGAGAUCGGGAACUUAACUAUGCUGAUAGCACUGCAGCUUGGAGUUACCUACUUGAAAGGUGAAAUACCAAUGGAGAUUGGAUACCUUCAAAAGCUCCAAAUAUUCGGGUUGUAUCAAAAUACGCUGAGUGGCUCAAUUCCAGCAAGCCUUUUCAACAUUUCAUCCCUCCAAAUCUUGACCAUUGUGGAUUGUCAGCUUUCAGGGAGUCUACCAUUAAAUGUAGGCCAAGGGACACCAAAUCUCCAAGAAAUUUAUUUGGGAAUGAAUAAUCUCAGUGGCCUUUUCCCUGCUUCAAUCUCUAAUGCAUCAAAACUCAUUGCUCUAGACCUUUCAAACAACAGCUUUUCAGGCUCCAUUCCUGAUUCCCUAAGUAAGUUAGAAUUCCUUCAACUUCUACAGUUAGGGCAAAACAAGUUGAUCGACCAGAAUCCCUCUUCAGAAUUAACCUUCCUGACUUCACUGACAAGAUGUCGAAAUCUAAGAGAACUGGUCAUUGGUCCAAAUCCCUUGAAUGGCAUUCUUCCGGCUUCUAUCGGUAAUUUCUCGAGCUCUCUCAGAAUAUUUUCUGCACCCUGGUGCAAACUCAGUGGCAUUAUACCAGAAGAAAUUGGAAACCUAACAAAUGUGAUUAUCAUAUCACUAUUUGACAAUGAUUUGACAGGGUUCAUCCCCAAAACUGUUAGAGGUUUGCAGAAGCUUCAAAGGUUUCUUAUACAAAGUAACAUGAUAAGUGGGACUAUUCCAGAUGAAAUUUGCUCUUUACAAAAUAUUGGAGACCUGAGUGUUAGGCAAAAUAAAAUUUCAGGUCCAUUACCGUCGUGUUUGGGGAACCUUACUAGUUUGAGAAAUCUUUAUUUAGCUUCCAACAGAUUGAACUCCAGUUUACCUGAGAGCCUGUGGAGCCUUCAAGAUCUAUUGAUACUUGAUGCAGCAUCAAACUCAUUUUCUGGUGUUCUGUCUCCCAUAAUUGGAAAUCUAAAGGCUAUUACAAAAAUUGAAUUGUCAUACAAUGACUUUUCAGGCAUGAUUCCUAGCAUGAUGGGAGGUCUACAAAAAUUGAUUAAUUUUUCUCUAUCACACAACAGAAUAGAUGGCCCCAUUCCAGAGUCUUCUGGGAAAUUGUUAAGCUUGGAAUUCUUGGAUUUGAGUUAUAACAAUCUAACUGGUGAAAUACCAAAGUCCUUAGAAGCUCUUGUGUACCUCAGAUACCUUAAUGUUUCCUUCAAUAAACUCAGCGGAGAAAUUCCAUCUGGUGGUCCUUUCGCAAACUUCACCAAUCAGUCUUUUGUGUCUAAUCAUGCAUUAUGUGGUGUAUCAAGGCUCCAAGUGCCUCCAUGUCAAGUCAAGUCUCCGCGAAGGGCGAGGAGAAAAAGAGUGCUUUUCUCGAUCCUGUAUAGUCUUUUGGGAAUAACAUCGGUAUUUGUUGCAUUAGCCGUUGGAUUUCUUAUUUUAAGAAGAAGAAGAAAUAGAAAUGAGCCAUCAGGAUUAACUGAUCAGGUAUCAUCCAUGAGGGCCUACGAAAGAGUUUCGUAUUAUGAACUUCAACAAGCAACAAAUGGAUUCAGCACGGACAAUUUGCUUGGUAUUGGGAGUUUUAGCAAGGUGUACAAAGGGAUAAAGGAUGGGAUGACAUUCGCAGUGAAGGUAUUCAACCUGGAACUUGAAGGUGCAUUCAAGAGCUUUGACACAGAAUGUGAGAUCUUACGCAACCUUCGGCAUAGAAACCUGACGAAAGUCAUAACUUCUUGUUCCAACUCUAAGUUCAAGGCCUUAAUAUUGGAGUACAUGCCAAAUGGCACCCUUGACAAAUGGUUACACUCUCAUGACUUAUUCUUAGACAUGUUGCAUAGAUUGGACAUAAUGAUAGAUGUAGCAUCUGCCUUAGACUAUCUCCAUAACGGUUAUUCAGAGCCAGUGGUGCAUUGUGAUUUGAAGCCUAGCAACAUUUUGCUAGAUCACAACAUGGUUGGCCAUUUAAGUGAUUUUGGGAUUGCGAAACUGUUAGGUGCAGAGGAUAGUUCUAGACAAACUAAGACUAUUGGGACCAUUGGAUACAUUGCGCCAGAGUAUGGACAAGAUGGACUUGUAUCAACAAGUUGUGACGUCUACAGCUUUGGUAUCGUGAUGAUGGAAACAUUCACAAGGAGGAGGCCUAGUGAUGAAAUGUUUACUGGAGAUUUAAGCCUAAAACAAUGGGUAAACAACUCGCUUCCUUCUGGAGUUACACAACUAGUGGAUGCAGAUUUGAUGAGACCAAAGAAAGAACCUCUAAAUGCUGAGAUGCAAUGCUUGGUUUCUGUCAUGGAAUUGGCUUUAAGCUGCACUUCAUUGUCACCAGAUGCAAGAAUCAACAUGAAAGAAGCUCUUUUGGCGCUCAACAAGAUAAGACUUCAACUGGUCACCACCAAGCUGAACAUUGAAGUAAGGCUGAAUCCAGAAAGUUCACUCCAAUAGAAUUUGGAGAAGGCUUGUUAUAAUAAGAGUAGAAUAAAGAUAACAGGAAGCAACCUCUUGUUGCUGUCUGUAGGCCUAUCUUAUUUAUUUGUUAGCAAGUCACCUUUAUACUUCCACCAUGUCAAUUGAUUAGCAUUAUAUAAUAAUUUGAAAGCAGGACUAAAGAAAGUUAUGGUUA